AUGAAUAUUGAAGAAGCAUCAUCUUUUUCCAGAAUUCGUAAACGGGAUAUUUGUAUAUCUUCAGAUGACGUCAUGCAACGGAUUUGUUUUCAAAAGUCAGAUUCGUUACUCGACAUAUGCUGUGGGUCGGGAGAGCUAACGAAACAGAUAACUGCAAAUGCCAAGAUAAAAUCAGCUACAGCAUUUGACAUAAACCCCAAAAUGGUCGACAUCGCUAAGUCAAUAAAUAGCGCAGAUAAUAUCACAUACUUUGUGGCUGAUGCUGGAAAUGCUGAGACAUACAAACCCGAGUGGAUUGACUCGUUCGACAAAGCAUUGGCGUUUUAUGCUCUACAUUGGAUUCCUAACUGGUCUGAUACUAUGAGAUACAUGUAUAAAUGUUUGAAACCAGGAGGGGAGUGUUAUAUUAAUAUCGAAGUGGAUCACAAACCGCACUAUAUCAGUAUAAUAAACGACGCAGUUGAUGAACUGUCAAAGUAUCACCGUUACUUUAAGGUCUAUUCACAUAACCACUACCCAUUUCAAGGAAAUGAGAAAGAUUUUGUUGAUGCUAUUAGGAAGGCUGGUUUUGUUGAUGUCCACGUUGACGUAGAUCGAAGUUUUCCGUAUUACGCGUCUGACAAUGAUAUAGAGAAUAAGACAUUCCUUUUAGGGUUUUUACCUCAAAUGCAGUAUAUACCCUACAACCUGAAGGACGAAUUCUUGGAAGAUGUUUACCAGAAAAUCAAGACGAAACGUGACAAAACUGAAGACGGAAAUCCAAUGUGGAAACAAACGGUGUAUGUUGGAACCGCACGAAAGGCCUACAUCGAUUAG